GCGCGAACUGAGUUAGUCUCUUUUCCGGUUUUUGCGGCGCGAGGAGCCAUGAGCAGCAAAGUCUCCCGCGACACCCUUUACGAGGCGGUGCGGGAGGUCCUGCACGGGAACCAGCGCAAGCGCCGGAAGUUUUUGGAGACGGUGGAGCUGCAGAUCAGCCUGAAGAACUAUGACCCUCAGAAGGACAAACGCUUCUCGGGCACCGUCAGGCUGAAGUCCACGCCCCGCCCCAAGUUCUCCGUGUGUGUGCUGGGGGACCAGCAGCACUGUGAUGAGGCCAAGGCCGUGGACAUCCCGCACAUGGACAUCGAGGCGCUGAAGAAACUCAACAAGAAUAAGAAACUGGUCAAGAAGCUGGCCAAGAAGUACGAUGCCUUUUUGGCUUCAGAGUCUCUGAUCAAGCAGAUCCCACGAAUCCUGGGCCCAGGCCUGAAUAAGGCUGGCAAGUUCCCUUCCUUGUUGACCCACAAUGAGAACAUGGUGGCCAAAGUCGAUGAGGUGAAAUCCACAAUCAAGUUCCAGAUGAAGAAGGUGCUGUGUCUGGCAGUGGCUGUUGGCCAUGUGAAGAUGACAGAUGAUGAGCUUGUGUACAACAUCCACUUAGCUGUCAAUUUCCUGGUGUCAUUGCUCAAAAAGAACUGGCAGAAUGUCCGGGCUUUGUACAUCAAGAGCACCAUGGGCAAGCCCCAGCGCCUGUACUAGGCCCAGCUAAUAAACCAUACUGCCACUGUGA